AUUGUUGAGGAGGAUGAAGGUAAAAGGGAGAAUACUCCUGCCUUCCAAGGUGGUCCAAGGGCUGCAGAUCAGAGGAUUGCGAAAUUGAAUUUUAUGGAGGGUGUUGGAUCAGCUGGUGCAGCACCGACGCAACCGAGACGUGACAUUCCAAAGCCUUUCCAGCAUUAUUUGGAUAAAACUAGACCUCAUCCACUUUAUCGGUGGAUCGGAACAUUCAUCUUUGCAAUUCUUUUUGCUCUGCGGGUCUAUUCCAUUCAAGGCUUCUACGUAGUGACCUUUUUUUUCGGCAUCUUCAUACUGUGUGCGCUGGUUGAUUUUCUGACACCUCUUGUUAAUCCUAGCCUACAAACUUCAGAUGGUCCUUCAGAUGAAUUCAAACCUUUCAUUCGUCUACUCCCGGAAUUCGUGUUUUGGUUUGACUUCACUCUGGCCUUCUGUGUGGCAUUUGUCUUGACUUUCUUCUCUGUAUUUGAUAGCCAUUACUUCCAUUGGCAAGAAUUAUUAAUCUUCUGGAUCCUUUAUUUCAUCUACAUAAUGACGUGCCAAAUUGGCCACAUGCUCAAAUAUAAAUACAUCCCGUUUAACAUUGGAAAGCAGAAAUACGGUGGAAAAGAGACUGUAGCAGGUGGCGGGUUGGUAGAAAUGAGACUGUAGCAGGUGGCGGCAGUC